AUGGAGAACGUGACCUCCCCUCCGGACCGGAACCAGACCUUAGGACCGUGGACGGACUACGGCGUGCAGUACAAAGUGGUGAGCAGCGUGCUGCUGCUGCUGGUCUGCGGCGGGGGGGUGGUCGGGAACGUGAUGGUGAUCCUGGUGGUCCUCACCACCAAACACAUGAGGACCCCCACCAACUCUUACCUGGUCAGCCUGGCCGCGGCGGACCUCAUGGUCCUGACGGCCGCGGGGCUGCCCGCCAUCACGGACAGCAUCUUUGUCACGUGGGUGUUCGGGCGCGCGGGCUGCCUGAGCAUCACCUACCUGCAGUACCUGGGCAUCAACGCGUCCUCGUGCUCCAUCACCGCCUUCACCGUGGAGAGGUACAUCGCCAUCUGCCACCCGAUCCGGGCCCAGUUCCUGUGCACCCUGUCCCGGGCCAAGAAGAUCAUCCUGUGCGUCUGGACCUUCACCUCGGUCUACUGCGUCAUGUGGUUCUACCUGUCCGACCUGCAGGAGCUGGUCUACGACGACACCACGGUCCUGAGCUGCGGGUACCGGGUCUCCCGGAAGUUCUACCUGCCCGUUUACUUCUUGGACUUCGGGAUGUUCUUCGUGGUUCCGCUGCUGCUCUCCGCGGUUCUGUACGGACUCAUCGCCAGGAUCCUGUUCCUGAACCCGCUGCCGUCCGACCCAAACAGGACCGGAACCGGCACCAAGCAGAACUCCAGCUGUAAGAAUUCCCGCCACUGCAGCUCCACGGCCACGUCACGCAGACAGGUGACGAAGAUGCUGGCCGUGGUGGUGGUGCUCUUCGCCGUCCUGUGGAUGCCGUACCGGACCCUGGUGGUGGUGAACUCCUUCGUGGACCGGCCGUACCUGGACCACUGGUUCCUCCUGUUCUGCAGGACCUGCAUCUACCUGAACAGCGCCAUCAACCCGCUCAUCUACAACGCCAUGUCGCAGAAGUUCCGCGCGGCGUUCAGGAACAUCUGCGGCUGCUGGGGGAAAGGUUCUGACAAACCGGCUGCCUGCAGCGUGGCGCUCACCUACAGCGCCGUGAAGGACACGUCUCUGGUGGAGAGCACCGACCACUUCACCACCGAGCUGGAGGAGCUCACCGUCACCGACGAGCUGCUGUCGGAGCACAAGGGGGAGUUUCUGGACCCCCGGGGCUUCAAGGUGAAUUUCAGCCACGCCUGA